AUGGCGUCUCCGAUACCCGCUAUUAACCAUCGAGCACCGCCCAAUUCCGCCCGUAGUCAUGUUCAAAACACCGUGACAGCCAUUCAGGGGGCCACUGCGGCCUUUACGGUGACGCCUUCGCAAGAUGGACGGCCAGCCACCGGUCAGAAGCCCGGGACGACGACACAUCAUGCCGGCUACUCCCGUCCCCAGCCAGCGUCUCAUCCCGAUUCUGAAUCGGAACCAGCCCCUGAAGUGGGCUCGGUCAAGGACAAAAUUGGUCUGUUCGCUUCUAAUUCGCAUUUGAACGACUCGCGUGGGAACUCACGGCCGUCCACGCCGGGCACAACCGAGCAAAUUGCCGCCCGUUUUGCACUAGGGAGUUCCCAGGCUGAGAAGAUCGCCGCAAGUGUGGCCAAGGAUGCCGCACAGGAGCGGGGAAAGCCACGUCCGCCGCCAAAUGAUAGUCAUCUUGAUCGAGUAUCACCGUCGCCUGAACCGAUGCAAGAUAGAGAAAUAACAAAAGUCGGCCCUAUUGCGAUUAGUUCUUCGAAUGGCGAGAAGGUACCACUUAGACACAAGCCUCCUCCGCGCAAGCCAUCGCCGAAAUCACUUGCGGAUGCCACACAAAUCGCCUCGAAGAAGCCCCGUCCCGUUCCGCCAAUUCCUCGAAAAGAACGGCCCCUUCCAAACACGCCAACGCCGGCUUCCUCAACGCCCAUCAACAACCGCGCCGAUGAACCCCGCGGCCCUGCAAAAGACCCGCCCAGCCAAAGCGGUGUCGUACCCCUGAAGGAUGUCUCUGUCCCGCCAGAGGAAAAGGCACCAGCACUACCCCCUCGGCCGCCUAUCUUGUCAACGCCUAAAGUCGACGUGCGAAGCCAUCGACAUCUUUUGAAUGAAAGUGGAUCAAACCAAUCGACCAGCCCCAGCUCCGGGUCGCCGUACCGCCAACCACGCAGCAACCUGAGCAGUACGAGCUUAUCCGGAGAAUCAAGGGUCAUGGACGAAGAAACCCUGUCUGACGCAAUCGUGGCCUCGUCGCUGGCGGCAAGGCAUUCCCAGGCGCGGAAAGUCCCCCCGGCGCCGCCCCCACAACGCCGACCAGGGGCUCGACCUAUCUUACAACUACAAGCCCCCGGCCAAAGAGAUCGCUCCACUCCAAUUAGCCCUGCAGGCAGUCUACGGCAGACCCUCCGCAGCGACGGCCUCGACGAGGAGAACGACGAGCACAGCCAUCAUCAUCAUCAUCAUCACAAACCACACUUCAUCCACAAGCACCCCCACAGGCACCACGAAGGCGACCGCAAAAAAUGGCGCGGCGAAGUGACGGAGAAAGAACGCAAGCGUUACGAGGGCGUCUGGGCCGCCAACAAGGGCCUGCUGAUCCCUGCAAAGGAGCAGAUGAACAGCAGCGACCGAUAUCCACCCGACGCCUCCGAGAUGGUGGCGAAUGUGAUCGUCCGCGAUAUCUGGUCACGCAGCCGCCUGCCGCGUCGCACUCUGCAAGAGAUCUGGGACCUAGUGGACCGGCAGGAUAUUGGGCUCCUGACGCGGGAGGAGUUCGUGGUGGGGAUGUGGUUGAUUGAUCAGCAACUGAAGGGGCAUAAACUGCCAUCGACAGUGCCAGCCAGUAUUUGGGACAGCGUCAGGGACCCAUCCGGAAUUAAUCUCCGCAAGCUUCCUCCUCGGCUGAGAUGA